AUGAAUCCCAUCAUGGUGUGGGCAGUGCCAGCCCUGGCAGCUGCCACCCUCUGCCUCCGUGUCUCCACAGACCUGGUGAAAGCCACAGUGGCUGCCCUGAUUUUUGGAGCCGUCCUGUCCAAGGCUGAGCAUCCCCAGCUCGAGGUGCUGCUGUGUGACCUGGAGCCGAGCACCAUCGCGAUCUCAGAUCCCAAAAUCCUGGAGAAGCUGAAGCUCUGCCCGGCGCUGACAGGGGCACAGCAGGAUGCCCUUAAUGCCCUGCUCCUCUCGGGGCACACAGAGUACGGGGAUCCUUCGAGCUGGGAUUUACAGACCCUACAAGAUUUGGGGCCGCUCGUGCUGGCGUUGAACCAGACCACGCUGAGUUUGGUGGCCGAGGCAGUCCGGGAGGAUUUCAGGAGCAGCAUCGCAGCCGCCUCCAUCACCCAGAGCCAUUCCCAGCGGGACAAAUCCCUGCUCCUCCUCGGGGCAGCCGCUGCCUCCCGUCCCAGGCUGAAGCGCAGCACGGACCGUGAGAUUCCCUUCCCAAACCUUCCCAAACCUUCCUCAGGCUGCCUGUCCGAGCCCAUCACCGCCAGCAACAUCGACGACAUCCUGUUCCUCACCAUUGAGCAGCUGGACCCGUGCCUGAGCAAUGAUGUGCUCAUAAAAAACCUGCAGGCUGUGCUGGAUCUGCCAAUCACCUCCCAGAUGUCCCAAAUCCUGAAAAAAAAGGUGGAUGAGUUUUUCCCCGAGGGGAUCCCCGAGGAGCAGCUGAGGCACCUGGGGCUGCUGUCCCGGCUGUACACGGAGCAGGAGAUCAGCCGGUGGCCGGUGACAUCCAGUGACACGCUGGCAGCCCUGCUCAGGCCCUCGGGAGGAGAGUGGCACGAUGCCCAGGUGCAGCAGCUGCUCAGCAGGUACCUGGCCCUGGGGGGAUCCCUGACCGGGCCCCUGCUGCAGGAAAUGGGAGGCAAAACCCUGUGCAAGCUGCAGGAGGAGCAGAUCCAGCAGAUCCCCCCUGCGGCCAUCAGGACUGCCGGGCCGUUGAACAUCUCCACGUGCUCCCAAAGCAAGAAGGAGCAGCUCUAUGGGAAAGCCAAGGAGGCUUUGGGCAGCUCCCCCAGCUCCCAUUACUGCUGGAUCCAGCCCUACCUGGGUGGAGCUCCAGCAGAGGAUCUGAAGGACUUGGCUAAUGCUGGUGUGGCCAUAAACAUGGAUCUGGAGACGUUCCUCGCCCUGAACCCCGAGGAAUUGCAGAAACUCAGCGUGGCUGAUGUGAAACAUUUGCUGGGGGAAAACCUCGCCAAGCUGAAGGAAGCGGAGCAGGAGCCCGCGGUGCUGAGCUGGGUGCAGAAACAAUUCCAGAGGGAGCUGGACUGUGAGCUGGGCAUCGGCCUGCAGGGGGGACGGCCACAGCCCACGGGGACAGCCAGCAGCCCUGCGGCCACCACCUCCGUGGCCAGUGUCACCAGCCCUGCGGCCACCACCCCGGACACAAAGAACUGUUAUCCCUAUUCUCACAUCUUUGCCUGA